GCACUGGCAGCUUGUAUUGGCGAUAUCACAAACGCAACGCAGCGCUUGGUCCAGUGACUCAUAAAGCCAUCCCAGCAUGCCACUAUUAGCCUGCGCCAGCAGUAUUUAAACGAGAACCGAGGAGCCAAACCUGGAACAGUGGCCUUUACUCACUGAAAAAUCAUCCAUUCCAACUACUCACAUUACCAAUGAGCAAGUACCAGAUCUUCACCGUCGACGCGUUCACCGACAAGCCGUUCGGCGGUAAUCCCGCUGCAGUUGUUCCUGUUCCUGCUGACAAGCCCUUAACUGAUACCCAAAUGUGUCAGAUUGCUGUCGAGAUGAACUUGUCAGAGACCGCUUUUAUAGUCCCGACGAAUGCCAGUGGACCCAAUGCCUUCCAGGAAGCUUCACAGUUUGGAUUGCGGUGGUUUACGCUUACUGGUGAAGUGAAGCUGUGUGGCCAUGCCACGCUUGCUACCUCUCAUGCUCUGUUCAGCUUGAUGCAUAACCAGUCCGAUGAGCUGCGCUUUGAUACGCUGAGCGGUGAGCUGGUAGUGCAGCGCAACUCGGAUGGGCUUUUGACCAUGACUCUCCCAAUCGAUCGUCCUCAGCCAGUUGCUGUUUCUGACGACAUCAAGCUUCUUGCUGCUAGCGUCUUUGGAGAGUACCGCGACACUUUUGAGAUUGAACUAUCACCGAGGCUCAAGUAUCUUGUUGUGCACGAUCCCAAUGCGACUGAGGGCGACAUUGCUGGCCUGGUGCCCAAUAUAUCGCCCCAGGUGUACGCUGCUGGUGAACGGCUGGGUCUGUUGCUUGUCAUAGCUACUGCGAAGGGCACCAGCAAAGACUUCCACAGCCGGGUGUUUGCCCCUUGGGCUGGUGUCCUUGAGGACCCGGUUUGUGGGUCAGCACAUAUUGUCCUUGCGCCUUUCUGGGAGAAGCGGCUGGACAAGAAGGCGUUCUCAGUCACACAGGUGUCUAAGCGCCACGGAAACCUUGAGCUUAAUAUCGUCGGGGAUUCGCAGGUUCAGAUCAGCGGUACGGCUGUUACUGUCCUUGAGGGCAUAAUAACGGUUUGACAUGUGGCUCCCAACACUAUCCUCCACAGGACCUUAGGACACAUGUUUCCUAUGUUUACGACCAGCAAUGGCCCCGAUUCCUUUUUCAGGCGCUAAGGACGGUAUCUAGGCUGGUAUUCGCCUGCCUACCUUUAGUAUCCUUCUUUUUCCAUUCUCCGCUUGUAUGCUUCCUACGUUCAAAUACGUACCAUGAAAGAAUGCUUUGAAAGUAAACUUAUUCGAAUGGGCGCAAGGGCUAUUUCACAAAUAUAUCUACUACACAGGAAAUAGCAUGGCGAGUUCUUAA